UCAGCUUUUCCGUACGCCAAUCAAAAUCUAUUGUCCUUAAUGAACAUAAAGCGUCAAUUAGGAAGAAAAUAUUUUUUUUAGUAAGAGUGUGUUUUUGCCAUUACUUUUAAAUGUGAAGAACAGAGGAUCAGAAAUUUUCAAACAAAAAAAAAUCACAUUUUAAAGGGUUCAUUGGGUAAAUUGACGGACGUGGAAAAAUAUGAAGUUUAAGACAAUGUAUGGAAAAAAUAAAAUGAAAGUUCCAGAAAUUAACGUGAUCGAAUGCGAUAUAAAAAUUAUUGAUCAUAUUAUGUUUGAGUAUGAAAUGAUCCAACGAGCAAGAGAAGCUGAAAUUAUUUUAAAUCAGAUGCUGUACAACGAUAUCAAUCACAUGAGACGAUCUGAUUCCAAGUCUAGUUCCAGUGGUUUUUCAAGUUUUAUGUGGAAAAUAAAAUCUUCCAGUCAUAAGCUGAACAAAAAUAUACCAGAAAUAAAAAUAUGUCCCUGUCAAGUCGACCUGAGAGACGAGGAAGACAUGGAAGAAGAGAUGAUUCAGAGAGGAAAAGAAGCAAGAAUGGUACGCGAGCGAUUGCUCUCUGAAGUAAAUGCAACAAUGGAUGAACGAAAACCAAGGUCAUGCUCACUUGAACCAAUCCCAAGUGAACCAAUGGUUAUCGAAGAGCCAAUUCGAGAAGAAAAACGAGCAAAAUUUACUGACCUUUAUGGUACGAUAUCUCACGGUCGGAGCAAUUCUCGUAGAAAUGCUAUCCGCUGUAAAAGUUAUGCCCAAUUGACUGUCGAUGACUGUCAGUAUAAGAAGCGAAAAAUACUGACAAAUAUAAUCCCCCUCAGAAAGUCAAAAACGUUUUCAAGUAUCAAAAUGGACAAUGAUUACAAUAGUAAAUAUAAAAGUAUCUAGCAUCUUUUCCUUGUUCCGAUUUUUUCAAUAGGAGAAAGUGAACUGAAAGCGAUCUAUUUAAAAAAGAUUAUGGAAUUCAAAAAGAAAAGAAAAAGGGAGUUUGCAAGAGACAGAGAUGACACAAACAACUUGUUCUAAGGACCUUUUGUUUUGUUGAAACGGGUUAGAAAAAAACACUGUUAAGACGUGUUAUUUCGGUGCAAGAAAUAUUUCUGCUGAAUUUGUUAAUUUAUUUAUUUAUUGAAAAUUGUACAAAGUUAAAAUAAAUUUGUAGUUGAUGCACAUAUGAUUUGUAAUUUAGGAAUGUUCGCGAAGUUUUUCUAAUCAUGCGUCUAUUUGCUUCGAAAAGAGUACGCAAGGUUGCCUCCUCUAUUUCAUAAAAACUGCUGCCGCUUCAGGCCUUUCGUGUUAACCUGGUGAUGAAAUUAAUGGCGGCUCUUAACAAAUGAGUCUGAACUGCUUUAAAGAAUAGAUUAUUUGAUUUCAAUGAAUAAAAAUUUAACGCAUUAAUUUAAAAUCGGAAACUGAAGUGAGAAACCACAAAGAUGAAGUUUAAUCACAACCUCUUCCCCAGGACUUGUUAGAUUUUUUGAAUUUCCGCGCCCGAAGGCGUGGGAAAUUCUUUAAAACCGUCGUUUUUUUCUUUUGGAGCAUUUUUUGAGAAAAAAUCGACCCUGAGAUUACACGUUCCUCCGUCACAGAUGUAAACUUCGCACCCAAGCUCCCCAACUACUGGGAACUCAUCUAAAUGAUGUUUCAUGACAAAAUUAGUAUUUGUUUUCAACAAAAUUUGGCACAGUUAACAAAAAAAGUAUGCUGAACAUAAUGGUGACAUAAUAAUUUUGAUUUUUUGCCACCUUAAAUGUCAUUUUAGGACAAAAUUGGUCCAAAAAUUAAAACUACUUCAUUUUCAACAAAAAUUGGCAAAGUUAACAAAAAAAGUAUGGUGAACAUAAUGGUGACAUCGAAUUUUGAUUUUUGUCACCUAAAUGCCAUUUUAGGCCAAAAUUGAUCCAAAAAUUAAAACCACUUCAUUUUCGGCUAAAUCUGGCACAGUUAGCAAAUAAAGUAUGCUGAAAAUGAUGAUGGUACAAAAGUUUGAUUUUUGUCACCUAAAUGUCAUUUUAGGCCAAAAUUUAACCAAAAAUUAAAACUGCUUUAUUUCCGACAAAAUUUGGCACGAUUAAUAAAAAAAGUAUGAUGAAAAUGAUGGUCACAUCAAAAUUUUGAUUUUUUGUCAACUAAAUGCCGUUUAAGACCAUAAACGUUUCAAUCGCAAGACUUACCAUGAAUGUUAGGCUGUAUUUUUUGUUAGGAAUUUAUUUUAAAAUGUGAGUUUAUUAUGA